UUUUAACAAUAGCCGUAAAAAACAGUGACCUGAGAGAGCAACUAAGCAACUCCGUGAAAACGCCCCCAAAAAAACAAACACGAAAAAAACUUUGAUCCGCGACUGUAAGUGUUUCUAGGGUUUGUCCGUUUCUGCAAACGAUGGCGAUGGCUGCGCUCAGACGCGAAGGGAAGCGUUUCGCCCCUCUGAUCUCUCCCCGCCCAAUCACCGCCGUCGGAUCCUCUCCUCUCGCUCCCACUCACGAGGAUGAGGGUCCUAUUGGAGUUCGAUAUAUUUCAACUCAAGUUGUUAGAAACAGGAUGAAGAGUGUCAAGAAUAUUCAGAAAAUCACAAAGGCUAUGAAGAUGGUUGCAGCCUCAAAGUUGAGAGCAAUUCAAACUAAAGCUGAGGAUUCCCGUGGCCUCUGGCAGCCAUUUACUGCACUUCUUGGCGAUACUCCCAGUGUUGAUGUCAAGAAGAAUGUUAUUGUGACCGUAUCUUCAGACAAAGGUCUCUGUGGUGGAAUUAACUCUACAUCAGUCAAGAUAAGCAAGGCUCUCCACAAGUUAAACUCUGGUCCUGAAAACGAAACAAAAUAUGUUGUCUUGGGAGAGAAGGCAAAGGCUCAAAUGGUUCGUGACUCUAAAAAGGACAUUGAGUUAAUCAUAACUGAGCUGCAGAAGAAUCCUUUGAGCUACACUCAGGUCUCUGUUCUUGCUGAUGAUAUCUUAAAAAAUGUGGAGUUCGACGCUUUAAGGAUUGUCUUCAACAAGUUUCAUUCAGUGGUUUCAUUCCUGCCAACAGUGUCAACUGUAUUAUCACCUGAAAUUGUUGAAAGGGAAGCUGAAGCUGGGGGAAAGCUCAGCGAACUAGACUCAUAUGAAAUAGAAGGUGGUGAGACAAAGGGUGAAAUACUUCAAAAUCUGGCAGAGUUUCAGUUCUCUUGUGUUAUGUUCAAUGCGGUGUUGGAGAAUGCGUGUAGUGAGCAAGGGGCAAGGAUGUCUGCUAUGGAUAGCUCAAGCAGAAAUGCUGGGGAUAUGCUCGAUCGCCUUACUCUUACAUAUAACAGAACCCGUCAAGCUUCGAUUACCACCGAGUUGAUUGAGAUUAUAUCUGGAGCAUCAGCGCUGGAGGGUUAAUUGCAAAAUUUCUACUGCUAGAUUGUUCUGAUGGUGACGAAUUAAAAAUCUGAGUGGACACAUUUUGUUUUUGAACGUUUUGUUGGGCUGCUGCAAUAAUGUCCCAGUGUUAAAACUUGGUUUCUGGGAAUAAAAAUUAUUUUUAUGAUGUUGAGAUUCAUUUUCUUUAAAAUUGUACUUGAUUGUUGGUGGUUGGGGCUGCAACAGAGAGAUUCUGUAAAUCUUUAUUUCAGUUAUUGCCUUGCAUUCCUAUUGACCAAA